UUUCAAUUCCCACCACCAAGCACCACCACUCCCCGCCAAUGGCCGGAAAAACCCACCUCUCUCUCCUCUCCCUCUUCUCGCUCCUCCUCCUCCUCCUCCUCCACGCUCACGCCAAACUCAACCUCGACCGUUCGGAUCAUGACGCUCUCUCGGUCAUUCGAAAAGACUUGGGUUUCGACGGCCAGCAUGGGGAUACUCCAAGUCCAUGUCACUCCGCCGGAGUGUUCUGUGAGUGGAGGAUCUCAAACGAUUCUUACUCGCUCCGAGUCACCCGAAUCGUCUUGAACUCUCAUCGCCUCACCGGGUUUCUCUCUCCGGGGGUAGGACGGCUGUCGGAGCUCAAAGAGCUUUCCCUCCCAAACAACCACCUCCUUGACCAAGUCCCACACCAAAUUGUUGACUGCAAGAAGCUGGAAAUCCUCAACCUCCAAAACAACCAGUUUUCCGGUGAAGUCCCGGCGGAGGUAUCAUCUCUGGUUCGUCUCCGAAUCCUCGACCUCUCUUUUAACAAGUUCUCCGGGAACCUGAAUUUCUUGAAGUAUUUUCCCAACCUGGAAAAACUUUCCCUCGAAAACAACAUGUUUUCUGGGAAAGUACCGUCAUCGGUGCGAUCUUUUCGCAAUCUUAGGUUCUUUAAUGUUUCCGGAAACAGUUUUCUCGAAGGUCAAAUCCUAGAAAUAAAUAAGGUUGAGUAUUCCUCAGCCGAACUGAUGGAACAAAACCCAAUUCCGAAGCGCUAUGUAUUCGCCGAGAAUUCCAAUCUUCCCAUAGCCGCGAACCCUUCGCCUAGUCCGGAAGAGGGCAGUCAUCAAACAGCUGCUGAAGCACCUGGGCCAUCAACAUCAACACCAACACCAACACAUCCACACAAGAAAAAGAAGAAGAAAACGGCGACAAUGAUUCUAGGAUUCACUGCCGGCGCUAUAGCGGGAGGUGUUUCCGGGGUGUUGUUUUCGGUGUUUUUCAAACUGAUGAUGAUUUGGGUUCGCGGCGGAGGGAAGGGAAAUGGUCCUGCGAUCUUCAGUCCGAUAAUCAAAAAAGCAGAGUACUUGGAUUUCUUGGAGAAAGAAGACGGACUGGCGUCACUCGAACUCAUCGGAAGGGGAGGUUGCGGAGAAGUAUACAAGGCGGAGCUACCAGGAAGCAACGGGAGAAUGAUAGCCAUAAAGAAGAUAAUUCAACCGCCCAAGGAUGCGGCAGAGUUGACGGAAGAAGAUAGUAAGCUUCUAAACAAGAAGAUGCGCCAAAUCCGGUCAGAGAUUCAGACCGUGGGCCAGAUUCGGCACCGGAACCUUCUUUCUCUCUUGGCCCACGUGCCACGCCCCGACUGUCACUACCUCGUGUACGAGUUCAUGAAGAACGGAAGUUUACAGGAUAUUCUGAAUCAGGUUUCGCAAGGGACCAGAGAGUUGGAUUGGUUAGCACGGCACAAGAUCGCGCUGGGAGUGGCAGCUGGGCUCGAGUACCUCCACAUGAACCAUAGUCCGCGCAUAAUCCACAGAGAUCUCAAACCGGCGAAUGUCCUUCUCGACGAUGACAUGGAAGCUCGGAUUGCUGAUUUCGGGCUUGCAAAGGCAGUCCCGGAUCAUGAUACGCACGUGACAACUUCCAAUGUUGCGGGAACUUUGGGGUACAUUGCUCCGGAGUACCACCAGACAAUGAAGUUCACAGACAAGUGUGAUAUAUACAGCUUUGGGGUGUUGCUGGGUGUUUUGGUGAUCGGAAGGCUACCAUCUGAUAACUUCUUUCAAAACACAGACGAAAUGAGUUUGGUGAAGUGGAUGAGAAAUAUCAUGACUUCUGAGGAUCCGAAUAGAGCAAUUGAUCCGAAGCUGAUAGGAAAUGGACACGAGGAAAAGAUGCUCCUAGUGCUAAAGAUUGCUUGCUUUUGCACUCUUGACGAUCCAAAACAGAGGCCUAAUAGCAAGGAUGUGAGGUGCAUGUUAGCACAGAUCACGCACUAAGCGUGCCGCCAACAUAUCACAUGUGAAUCUAUUAAAGAAUAAUGAUGCACGCGAUGAAUGAGAACUGUUCGAGAAGAACAGUUUCUCCACUAAGAAACUCUAGCAUAGGGUGGCGACCCAUACGUAGUUGUAGUAGAAGUUUGUGUCAGUUAAACGCUUGUAUCGUUUUGUUAUUCGAAUGUAGUUUGGCUCUAUUUUCUUCGUGUCGUCUCCUAUUGAAUCUAAGUGUAUACAGCAAGAUUUCAGUCAAGUACUACAUCUAUUCAUCAAGCUAUUUUCGUCA